UCCUUUGGCCUCCGUUGCCCCGCAGUUGACGCACAACAUUCGAGCUGUCCAACAUCGGUGUGGACUGAGUGGUGAGCGCCGCUUUUGGAGCGUAUGGGUAAAGCUCAAGUACAGAUUUUCGCGCAUUCGGGGAAUAUUUCUAUGGACGAAAAUGGAUUGCAAUAAACGUUUUCUAUGGCUUUCCGGCAUUUUAUUAGGUCCAAUUCUACUUGCAGCCUUGACGUUACAAGAUGCCGCCAGUCCAGUAUUUCAAAAUCACAAAACGAAAGAGUGGACGAAUUUAGAUAAUAUCACAUUCUCUUUUGAUUGUACGCAUCGACCGGUUGGCUUCUACGCCGACAUGGAGUACAAUUGUCAGAUCUUCCACAUGUGCGAUGAGGAGGGCAAUCGCAUACCACACUUGUGCGCCAACGAGACUUCCUUCAAUCAGGAAUAUCGCAUCUGUGAUUGGGACUACAACUUCAACUGUACUGAAUCGCCGAAAUGGUUUUAUUUGAACGAACUGACGUACGCCACAGAGCCGCCUGACGAGGAUGAAGACUAUUGAAACACCACCCGCUCCCAUCGCCCACCAACCAACUACAACACUAACAACCCCAACUCUCCCAAAAACACCCCAAUCUUCUCCGCUUCGGGCACCACUUCGUGUGUGACCUUCCUGACAAGUAAUUAGCUAAGUGAAGUAAUUGUAUUUAUACUAUUUGUAAUUAUUUGUAAUUUGUUAUGACUAAACUGUCCUAAUAUAUAGUGUGUGUAUAAAAAGUUAAUGAGAUUUACGAACAACCAAUUUGAGUGUCGCAUAUUUACGCGCAUACUAAAAUCAUUUAAUGAAUCAUUAGCGUUAGUGAUUUUCCUUAUUUAUAAUGUUAUGUAUAUGUUAUUGUAAAAUUUUAAACAAAAUGUGUGUGUGUACAUAUAUUUAUAUAUGUAUGUAGUUGUAUAUAUGUAUGUACCUAGAAGCGUAGGAAUAAAUCUAAUUUAUACAGUUGAUUUCGUAGCGAUAUUGUUAUCAUAAUGUUUGUAUGUAGUAUCCUGCUAUUAUAUUCCAAAUUUUAAAAACACAUUAGUAAUUGAAAUAAGUAUUUUGUUUUUGGCUUUUUUCUAAUGCCAAUGCGACCUAAGAUAAAUAUAGCAAAACAUCUUGUUAAAACAACCGCAUCGAUAUAUGAAUGUAUAAUAAAAUUUUGUAAACACCACAACAACAGA